AUGGCUAGUAAUAUGCAGGCUCCUGGGCCGCCUCAGCCUCCCAGGCCUCCCAUGAUGGGUUCUAGUGCCCAGCCACAAAAUCUUGGACCACCAAUGCCUAUACAGUUUAGGCCAGUGGUUCCUUCACAGCAGCCUCCUCAGUUCAUGCCGCCAGCAGCACAGCAGUUUCGUCCUGUUGGUCAGCCUAUGCCGGGGGCUAACAUUGGCAUGCCUGGGCAAAUGCCACAUUUUCCACAAACUGGGCAGCACUUGCCUCACUCAAAUCAAGUUCCACCUGCAUCACAAGGGGUUCCCAUGGUAUAUCAGCCAGCUAGACCAAUGUCAUCAGCGCCUAUGCAGCCGCAGCAACAAACUGCGUAUCCUGGGGGCCAUUUGCCCAGCAUGGGUGCCCCUAUGCAACCCCCGACCUAUACUUAUCAACCAACAUCGAUUCCUCCUGUAGUGCAACCCUGGGGUACAGGCCCAGGACAGAAUGUACCUCAUGUGCCUCCUCUAGUGCAGUCUGGGCACCAGCCAGUGUCAGCUCCAACAACUUUGCCUUCAGUCAACUUGUCUGAACCUAGCUCUUCAGACUGGCAGGAGCACACUGCAGCCGAGGGGAAAAAGUACUACUAUAAUAAGAAGACAAGGCAAUCAAGUUGGGAGAAACCAGUUGAGUUGAUGACACCUUUGGAGAGGGCUGAUGCCUCAACCGAAUGGAAAGAAUUUACUACACCAGAAGGACGAAAGUACUAUUUCAACAAAGUGACCAAGCAAUCAAAAUGGACUAUUCCUGAUGAGUUAAAGGUUGCACGUGAAUUGGCAGAGAAGGCAUCAAAUCAACAACCUGAUCGAGAAUCAGGAAUAGCUGCUAGUGCUCUUGUCGGAUCUGCUGCCUCUGAACCUUCUACUAUACCUGCUAAUCAUCCUUCAUCUGCUGUUGGUAUAAUUGCUCCCAGCUCACAUGAUGGGUCAUCAAACUCUGUUCCUCCUGGUGCUGCCCCGUCGCACAAUGUGGAUAACACUUCCAGUUCAAUUGUUGGCAUGCAAAAUGGUGGUCCAAGUACUGCUGUUGUUCCAGUUGCAACAAGCACAGAAGUUCCAUUAGUUGCAACAGAUGCAGGGGCCAGCAGAAACAACAAUGAAAAUUCAUCUCUGACCACUGGGGCUGACACAGAGGAUGGUACAUCCGCUGAAGAUUUGGAGGAGGCCAAAAAGACCAUGCCAGUUGCAGGGAAGAUUAAUGUCACUCCACUGGAGGAGAAAACAAGUGAAGAAGAACCUGUAGUCUAUGCCACUAAGAUGGAAGCAAAAAAUGCGUUCAAGUCCCUGCUCGAGUCAGUAAAUGUUGAGUCUGAUUGGACAUGGGAUCAGACUAUGAGAGUCAUCAUAAAUGACAAAAGAUAUGGUGCUUUGAAAACUCUUGGAGAGAGAAAGCAAGCUUUCAACGAGUACUUGAACCAGCGCAAAAAAUUCGAAGCCGAAGAAAAACGUGUCAAACAGAGGAAAGCACGUGAUGAUUUCCUUGCAAUGCUGGAAGAAUGCAAGGAGCUCACAUCAUUGACAAGAUGGAGCAAAGCAAUACUUAUGUUUGAAGAUGAUGAAAGGUUCAAAGCAGUUGAGCGUCCAAGGGAGCGUGAAGAUUUAUUUGAGAACUAUCUUGUGGAACUGCAUAAGAAGGAAAAAGCCAAGGCUGCUGAAGAACACAAAAGAUAUGUAGCAGAAUACAGAGCUUUUCUAGAAUCAUGUGACUUCAUCAAGGAGUACAUACGGCACCUGGAGAAAGAAGAGGAAGAGCAGAAGCGGAUACAAAAGGAUCAAGUGAGAAGACAAGAGAGGAAAAACCGUGAUGGGUUCCGUAAAAUGUUGGAAGAACAUGUCGCUGAUGGUACACUUAAUGCAAGAACUCGGUGGCGUGAUUACUGUGCACAGAUAAAAGAUUCAGAGUCUUACUUGGCUGUAGCCUCAAACACAUCUGGCUCCACACCGAAAGAGCUAUUUGAUGACGUGAUCGAGGAACUUGACAAACAGUAUCAAGAAGACAAGACCCAAAUCAAAGAAGUGGUGAAAUCUGGAAAGAUUCCUAUGACAACUUCGUGGACAUUAGAGGAAUUCCAAACUGCUAUUCUGGAGGAUGAUGCUCUUAAAGGAAUAUCAACCAUCAACGUCAAGCUUAUCUAUGAUGAUCAGCUUGAAAGGCUCAGGGAAAAAGAGCAAAAAGAGGCUAAGAAGCGCCAGCGGUUGGGGGAAAAUUUUUCAGAUCUUCUGUAUUCAAUCAAGGAAAUAUCAGCUUCUUCAACCUGGGAUGAUUCUAAACAGCUUUUCGAGGAUAGCCAAGAGUUCAGGGCGUUGGACAGUGAGGCUUAUGCUAGAGAGCUUUUUGAAGAGUGUGUUGUCCACCUGAAAGAAAGGUUAAAAGAGAAAGAACGUUUGAGGGAGGAAGAAAAGGCAAAAAGAGAGAAAGAACGCGAGGAGAAAGAGAAGAAGAAAGAGAAAGAGAAAGAAAGGAAGGACAAAGAACGCAAAGAAAAAGAAAGAGACCACCGGGAGAAGGAGAGAGAAAAGGAAAAAGGGAAGGAUCGAUCAAAGAGAGAUGAAGAGCUUGAUGGUGCUGAUUUGGACACCCAUGGUACAAAAGAUAAGAAAAGAGAUAAAGAUAAAGAAAAGAAACAUAAGAGACGCCACCAUGACACAGAUGAUGUAAGCUCUGAAAGGGAUGAUAAAGAUGAUGCUAAGAAGUCUCGGAGGCAUAGCAGUGAUCGCAAGAAAUCUAGGAAGCAUGCACAUGGUUCAGACUCGGAUAGUGAAAACCGGCACAAAAGACAUAAAAAGGACCGAGAUAGUAGCAGAAGAAAUGGUGGACAUGAGCUGGAAGAUGGUGAACUUGGAGAAGAUGGAGAGGUUUGUAUUUGGGUACAUCAGUACAUGGGAGCUGAAAAGUGUGAGUGUGCCAUAGUUAUCCUUCAGAACCUUGGCUGGACAUGCAACUUUAGAUAG